UUUGAACAGAUGUCAGAUAUAAAGACCGCCUGCUUUCAGAUCAAAUUGCUGUUGCCAAGGUCUCGCGAGCUUUGUCUUAAACAGUUGAUUAUAAUGUCAGCACAGUCCAAUUUGCAAGCUUUAAAGAAGCAGCUGAACACUGCAUUUUGCUGAAGUAUUAAAGAACUUGGCUCUUUUUAAAAAACAAACAAACUUUGGAGUCUCUUUAAUACAAACAAGGGAAUCAUGAUGUGCACGAAUGGAGCAUGCAGCCACAAAGGCAUCCUCAUGAGGUUUCUUCUGCUCUUCAUGUGUGUUCAGAAGGUAUGCACUGAAGAAGACACUAUCAUUGCCACUAAGAAUGGAAUAGUAGAAGGGGUGAACUUGCCUGUACUUGGUGGAACUGUAACAGCCUUCCUAGGAAUUCCUUAUGGAAAGCCACCUAUUGGUAGACUUCGGUUCCAAAAGCCAGAGCCUCGGGAAAAAUGGAUGGGGGUUUGGGAUGCCACCAAGUAUGCAAACUCUUGUUAUCAGAACAUAGACAACACUUUCCCUGGAUUUGCAGGAUCCGAGAUGUGGAACCCCAACACAAACCUGAGUGAAGAUUGCCUCUACCUCAACAUAUGGGUACCUUCUCCCAAGCCUAAGAAUGCAUCUGUGAUGGUAUGGAUCUAUGGAGGAGGCUUCCAGACUGGGACAUCGUCAUUGCCUGUCUAUGAUGGCAAAUUUCUGGCCCGAGUUGAAAGAGUCAUUGUGGUUUCAAUGAACUAUAGGUUAGGGGCGUUAGGAUUCUUGGCCUUGCCAGGAAAUGUGGAAGCCCCAGGAAAUGCAGGCUUGUUUGAUCAACGGCUGGCCCUUCAGUGGGUCCAGGACAACAUAGAAGUCUUUGGUGGCAAUUCUAAAAGUGUGACAUUAUUUGGAGAGAGUGCUGGAGCAGGGUCUGUCAGCUACCAUCUUCUUUCUCCUAAAAGCUAUCCUCUCUUCACUAGGGCAGUCAUGCAAAGUGGUUCUGGAAAUGCCCCUUGGGGCGCACUUGCACCCUCUGAAGCAAAGAGGAGAACACUGGCUCUAGCUGAACUCGUCCACUGCACCAGAAGCAAUGAAACCGAAACCAUUUUUUGUCUACGCAACAAAGAUCCCCAAGAUAUACUUGAGAAAGAAGUGUCCGUCUUAACAUACAGCGCUCUUUUAGAACUUUAUUUCACUCCAGUUGUUGAUGGGGACUUCCUUGUUGACAUGCCAGGAACGUUGCUGAAGGAUGGGAAAUUUAAGCAAACACAGAUCUUGAUGGGUGUGAAUAGAGAUGAAGGGACAGCUUUUCUUGUGUAUGGAGCACCUGGCUUCAGCAAAGAUAACAACAGCCUCAUCAAUGAAACAAAUUUCCGGGCAGGUUUGAAGCUCUCCUUUCCAGAAUCAAGUGAAGUUGGGUUGGAGUCUAUCAGUUUCCACUAUUCAGAGUGGGAGAAUGAGCAGAACCCUUUCAAUUAUCGCAAUGCUAUGGAUGAUAUCCUUGGGGAUUACAAUUUCAUUUGCCCUGUGGUAGAGUUCCUAAAAGCAUUUGCCAGUGCUGGGAACAGUGCAUUUCUAUAUUUCUUUGAGCACCGAUCUUCAAAACUUCCUUGGCCGGAGUGGAUGGGAGUCCCACAUGGUUAUGAAAUAGAGUUUGUCUUUGGACUACCUCUAGAGAGAAGAGUGAAUUAUACCAAAGCAGAGGAAACACUGAGUAGGUCUAUCCUAAGAUAUUGGGCAAGUUUUGCAAAAACUGGAAUACCCAGUGGGACUCAGAUUAAUGGGACAAGAUGGCCAGUCUUCACCAGCGCUGAACAAAAAUACUUAACGUUAAGCACAGAAGCGUCAAAGAUUCGUACAAAAUUACGUGCCCGGCAGUGCCGAUUCUGGAAUAUAUUUUUUCCCAAAGUCCUGGAGAUGACAGGAAACAUUGAUGAAGCAGAACGAGAGUGGAAAGCAGGAUUCCUUCACUGGAACAAUUACAUGAUGGACUGGAAAAAUCAAUUUAAUGAUUACGUUACUAAGAAGGAAAGCUGCACAGGUCUCUAAUUAAAAGUUUCAGCCUUGCUGGAAUGCCUGUAUUGUCAGAGAUCAAGGCAAACACACAGAUAGCUAAUGUAGCAUAUCCAGCAAGCAUGUUAUGCAGGCUCAGUGACAUGUCACAAAUAUACUGGUCUUCCAGAUCCACUUCUAUUUAUAUCAAUAAAUGUUAUAUAGCACAUCUACCCUUCAGGAAAUGGAGAAGAGAUGAGGGCGAUUAAAGCAGGAGGAGGAUAGAUACAUGCAUGGAUAAAUACUUGGCCCCAGUUUAAGUCACAUGGCACCCAAAAUAAGGCAUUGGCAUAGACUAGUGGUACAUACUUGUACUAUGUACAUUGUACAUAGACUAGUUGUGCAUGUGGGUGGGAACAUGGAUUGGGCCGCAUAUCAGAGUAGUUUUCUUCCUUCGUAACUCCCAUCGACCCUAAAUAUGCCCCCUGACUAAUUUUUUAUUGGGCUUGUGUGAAGCUGAAGCUGAAUACGCUGCAGAUCCUCUUGGCCCUGUGCAGAGAUGACCAUUCUCACUGCUCAGUGUUGUGUUUUGCCCAAUGCCAGUGGGGCUCCUUGAAGGGAAACAGAGCCUUCUUGAGCUCUUGCACCAUCUUGGAAGGUGUGCAUGGAGUUCUAGAAAGUGUCGCCCUUCCCAUUGUUUUCCCUAUAGAGCUCUUAAGAGAGGGUUCUGUCUGUCUUAUGGGGCCCUCCUAGCACUGAGAAAAGUGCUGUACUGUGCAGAGGUCAGCAUUGUCGGAAAUGGCUCUCACACGGAAGGUUUCUGGCCCAAAUGGACCCUGCUUGGAAAAUAGUGAAGAUCACUGCAUUAGAGUGUGCAUUCCAUUCAAAGCACAGAUAGAAUGCAGUGUUCAAAUGCACAGUAGAAACCACAUAACAUUGCAGAUAGAGUGCAUCCUUCAGAUAGUGUUUUUUAAAGCACAUUAGAAUGCAUAUCCCACUUAUACCUGCAGUUCCCAAUCCAGCAAGUACACAGGUCUCCCUGUGCACAUGGAUCUCUUUAGGUGGCUUGGGGUAAGCAAGUUUCACUCUUAAAAAGCAUUUGUGAAGUUUAAGCAGAAAAAUGCAACAUUUUCUUGUCCUUAAGCAUAGAGAAGUAUCAGUAUUCUAGAACGCUGCCAUAGAAAGCACAAAUCAGCAUAUCCAACUGCAAUGUUACAGUGUUUUAAUCCAGCUUGAGCUAUAAUUUAGCAACAUAUCAAGAGUUGCCAACUUCAGAGGAAACAAGAUCUUAUUGUCUUGGGGGCCGGGGGGCCCAGACAGUUACUAAAUCUGAAUUUCUCAUUCCUUGAAAUGAAACAUUCUGGGGAAUCAAACACACACCAACAAAUUAUACAAUAUUCCUUACUAGGGUCAAAGGAACACAGAAUAAUUUCUUCAGGAUUCAGAUGAAACUUUUUUUAUUUUUGUAAAUCCAUGAUAGACAGCCCAUGAGGAAUGCAAACCAUUGCUAUUUCCAAUGGUUUGUCUAGAACUUUUAAUCUGGCUGCCUUCGGACGUUGUUAAGAACCAUGGGUUCAGUGAACCCAUGGUUCUCUUGCUCGUCCCCCAACACACUCCCAGAUGAGCUGGAGUUGCUGUCUCAGAACCUGAAAGGGGGCAGAAACUGACUGCAUAGGCAUCCCAGGACCCGGGAAGGAAAGCUUGCCAGCCUAUGGACUCUGAGAAGUGGGAGGAACUUCCUCCCUUAACUCUGAUUUGCGUGAGUUGCUGAAACCAGACAACAUGUUCCAGCCUCUGGACCCUCAGUUUGGUAAGUGAAUCUUACUUACCACCAAGGGUUCAUUCAGAGGCUGGGGGUGGUAAUCAGUGCCAUGGUUGGAUCUCAAAACCAUGGCUCUGACUGUUCAGAUGUCACAGGAUGGGGGACAACCUGAGGUGAGUUUGCCUCAGGUUUCCUAUGGCAUGCAAAGGCAGCCUUCGCAAAGUACUUUGGGAGGAGAAUUGACACCGAAACUUGGAAAGAAGUGCAAUUUGAAGCAAAUUCCCCAGGGAGAAACAUCUGAAAAUUUUUGAAGGGAAACCAUCCUGUGUUCUCUCUAUUCCCCCCCCACCACCACCACCACCACCUGUGUACUGAAUGAGUAUUGUUCUGGGCAGCAUUAUCAAGGCAGUGUGCGCACAUGUUACUCCCCAGUUGCAGGGAAGUAACAGCAGGAGAGAGGGCAUGCCCUCACCUCUUGCUUGUGGUCUUCCCGGAGGCAUCGGGGGGGGGGGGCACUGUGUGAAACAGGAUCCUGGACUAGAUGGGCCUGAUCCAGCAGGGCUGUUCUUAUGUUCAGAGUAGGGCCUUUCUGAUUCAACCUGAGCAGGAACUAUAAUUAACUGAGAGAUAUAAAAAAAAAACAUAAUGAAUGCGUGUACACAUGCACAUCUUAGAAGGAACACUGAAACCAACAAAUUUCGGUAAGGCAAGUGAAAUUUCUCAGGGGGUUCUGCUUCUCCCUAUUUGCAACCAUAAAUUUGAUUGUUCUUAAAUCAUCACAGUGGUCAGCAUUAUUCCCAUUCCACAGUUCAGGAACUAAAUGGUGAUUGGUGAGUUUUGGAGUCGGUAGGGCUGCAUAUCUUCCAAAAAUUCCACUGUUUUCCCUCCUCUUGCUGAACUUUGUCUAAAUAAAUUUUGCCAGCUUAAGACCUGGCUGGAGUUGGUCAUUGGUACAGUAUGACGGCUAAGAGCUUGAGCUGCAAGACUGGAUGUGGGAAGUUAUGGAUGGAGAAAGUUGUUGAAAGGGAAGUUCACCCUCUCACCUGUGCCAAAAAAAAAAAAAAAGUCCACCAAAAACUGCCAGAGUACUCAGAUUGCAGUGUCCACCACCACUUUCCAGUUCCCUAUCAGAACCCAAAAGAAAUGUGUGCAAUUAUUAGUGGCCCUCUUCAGAUAUUAUAGGGAAAGGGAUUCUUUCAGAUGGAGCUUGUUUUUGUGAUUUGAAGGCUGGGGUACCCCAGUCUUCAUCACACUUACAACAUGGUGUCUUCAGACAAAUGGCGUAAGCACUGUCAGUGCAUCAGCAUGAGCUUCUUGAGCACAGCAGUACUGGAGUGGGGCUUUUUGGUGCAAUCUCAAGAUCCUGUACAUAGGUAUACCAUCCCUUAAGAGAGAGAGAGAGAGAACAUAUGAAGGCUUGUGAAUAUGCAUAAUCCAGGAGGGCAGAGUUGGGUAACAAUGUCAAGACAAGAGGUAGGCUCAUUCCAGUGCGGGAUAGAAGAAAAGUAGUUAAGUGUUUUCAGGCUCAUUAUGUAUUAUUCAUCAUGUUUUAAGACUCAUGGUCUUAAAACCACAAAUCUCUCCCAUAUACAGGGAUUACAGCAAAAGUUUGGAUGCUGACUAUGAACCAAGGUUUGUGGUAGGCAAAUUGCAUCAGAUGUGUAUGCUGUUUUAUAAUCAUCUUUUCCAUAAGAUAAAAGGGAUAAUAAAGGUAUAUUUUGAGAGCAAUCACACUCUCUAAUGUUUGUAAGCAAUCACAUGUUAAAAAAAGAUACUUUAUUAAAGGACAGUCUGUGGAGAAAGCAAAACAAAUAACUAUAAUAAAAUUCAGUGUAAAACUA